AUGGCGACCACAACGGCGGAUAUCGGUGCAGCAUGGAGCCAAUGGCACCCCCCAACUACGACCUGGAUCAAUAAUCUAACCAGCGUUCUCAGUGACAAUGGCGUACACGGGUUUAUAUUCAAUGGCUCGACAUUGCCUGAUGGUGUGGAAUUGGGCCGAUAUAAUUGGUGCAACAUGCCCCAUGUUCACCCACAAACUUACGUUAUUCCAUCGACAGCGUUUGAACUUGUGUACGUGGAGGUGAUUCAACGGCACCACAAACGUACACCAUAUCAAGACAACUCUUUCCCCGUGGAAACCUAUUCAUGGGACUGCUCAGAUCAAGGGCUAUACACUUACGGAGAACCACUUAAGGCAGAGAAGAAUUCAUCUGCACAAGUCUAUUGGAGGGUUGAGGAGAAUUCUGUGAACCCAUUUAUCGCGCCUGGAUUUCGAGGCAAUUGUCAAUUCCCGCAGAUCACUCAUGGAGGUCUUGACGACUCCUGGCAGCACGGAAGGGACUUGUACGAGGUCUAUGGAACUAUGCUAGGGUUCUUACCCCCGGAAUACGAUUCAACAGUAGCCUACCGAGUUACAGGUAACCAGAUUACGAGCCAAGUUGCGGGCAUGCUUGUCGAUGGUAUGUUCGGACCAAAACAUCCUAAACAAGUUCCAUUGUCAAUUCAGCCAGGAUUGGUUGACUCUCUACAACCCAGCUAUAGUUGCCCCAAGGCUUCUAGGCUAUAUCAAGAAUAUGGCGUGGGCAGCAUGGACCCGAAAUGGCGACUCCAUCUAGAUAAAACAAAGGAUUUCCUAGGCACGCUCGAUCACAUAUCCGGUGUGACUGCCGAUGACAGUGGAUUUCACAAAUCAUUUGAUCAUUACUAUGAUAAUCUAUCAGCACGUCUAUGUCACCAAAAGCCGCUUCCCUGCUCAGUAAAAAACUCGAGUCAGUGUGUAACACAGCAUCAAGCAGAUACAGUUUUCCGUAUGGGCCAGUACGAGUACUCUUAUAUCUACCGGGAUUCACCUCAAUCUCUGGAAGCAGCCGUUGGUUCGUUCGGUGUCUGGGUCGCAGAGCUGGCCGAUAAUAUUCGGAACAGUGUUUCGAGGAAGAGCAGCGUAAAAUACCGGCACAACAUUGCGCACGACGGUUCUAUUUCUCGCCUUCUUUCUAUAUUACAGCUAAACAUCAUGGUAUGGCCAGGGAUGGGAUCCGAGGUCGUCUUUGAAAUAUACAAAGAUAAAAAGACCGGGGGCUUUUUUGUAAGGGCUUUGUGGAGUGGAAAGGUUCUAAAGAGUUCGCAUCUAGGUCUCGGGGAAAUCAAUAUGUUAGAGCUUGAAACUUUUCUAGACUAUAUCGAAGGGUUAGUAGGCCGGAGGGCGGAACAGGUUGCUGCAUAUUGCGCAGGAUAA